AUGAGGCUGCCGACGUCAGCCUCUUCAUCAGCCGUGACUCGGGCACUCGUGCGAUCUGUGUCCACGGCCGCGUCAUCGCCUUCUGCUGCCAAAGCAACGCUGCCCAAGCAAGCCAUACCCGCUGCUAGAGCUGCUAUCUCCCGGCCAAAUGCAGUCCCGCCUUCGCCAAUCCGUGUCUCCACACGUCGAUCUCUAAUCUCACGUCACAACACACUGGCACGCUCGGUAUCGUCGUCUGCAACGUCCCUCUCACCCACACCAUCUCCCAUCACCUCCUCGUCCGAGCCCUCCCCUUAUGCAUCUCCCCUGCCCACUUCUUCGCUCGUCAACGUCACCACCCUCCCGAAUCGAGUACGCGUAGCUACAGAAGCCACUCCCGGUCACUUCAGUGCCGUCGGUGUCUACAUCGAUGCCGGUUCUCGGUAUGAGCGCCCGUGGGUGGCCGGUGAAUCGGGCUCGUCCCACCUCUUGGACCGUCUAGCCUUCAAGUCGACCACCAACCGAUCCUCCCAACAGAUGACCUCGGAGAUCGAAGCGCUGGGCGGAAACGUCAUGUGCUCCUCAUCCCGCGAGACCAUCAUGUACCAGUCGAGCGUCUUCAACAAGGACGUACCCGCCGUCCUCUCCAUCCUUGCCGAUACCAUCCUCAACCCACUCCUCAGCCCGGACGAGCUCGACGUUCAGAGGGAAGCGGCUGCCUACGAGAUUCAGGAGAUUUGGUCAAAACCCGAGAUGAUCCUCCCGGAACUAUUACACACCACCGCUUACCAAUCCAAUACGCUCGGCAAUCCUCUCCUCUGCCCCAUCGAGAGCCUCGAGCAGAUGACGGCCGAAAAUUUGCGCAACUUCAUGUCCACGUGGUACAGGCCGGAGAGGAUCGUGGUUGCCGGCAGCGGCAUGCCUCACGAGCAGCUCGUCGACUUGUCUGAGAAGCUGUUUGGCGGUCUCAAGCCUACCGCGGAUUCGUCUCGCCUCAGCUCUGGCUCCUCGUCGCUCUCGAGUUCUCCUUCCUCUUCCUCUUCUGCUUCUUCUGCAUCCUCCUCCCGCUCUUCGUCUCUGUCGUCGCUCUUCUCACGCUCAUCCUCCAAUUUCUCUACUUCUUCGUCGUCUGCGGCCGCACCCUCGUCAGCUGAACUGGCCGACCUCGUAGCAACACCGUCGCACUACACGGGUGGCGAACUCUACAUUCCACAAAACGACCUCGAGUUCACGCACGUAUACGUCGCCUUUGAGGGUCUCAGCAUACACGACGACGACAUCUAUGCCCUCGCCACCCUUCAGAUCCUCCUUGGCGGUGGAGGCAGCUUCAGCGCCGGUGGGCCCGGCAAAGGCAUGUACUCUCGCCUCUACACCAACGUGCUCAACCAGCACCACAGCGUCGACUACUGCGCUGCUUUCCACCACUGCUACUCCGACUCGGGCCUUUUCGGCAUCUCGGCUUCGGUCCACCCUAGCUUCAAUGCCAGCAUUGUCCACGUCAUUGCACGCGAGUUGGAGCUCUGCACCAGCUCCAUCUACCAAGGCUCCGUCACCCAGGCCGAACUCAAUCGCGCAAAGAACCAGCUCAAGAGUUCGCUCGUCAUGGCGCUCGAAUCGAGGCUGGUAGAGGUCGAAGAUCUCGGCAGGCAGAUCCAGGCGCACGGCAAGAAGGUGUCGGUGGAGGAGAUGUGUCAGAAGAUCGAUGAGGUGGAUUUGAAGACGUUGAACAGGGUGGCUGCGCGCGUCUUGCGGCCGCAGAAGAUGUCGGUGGGUACGGCCCGUCGCAUCGUAAUACACCACUUUCUCGCACAGUCUUGGUCAUGCAACGCACAGGCGGGUCCGGACGGGAAUGAGGAUGAAGUCUUCUUCAGACAGCAAGUACAUGUGAUGAGGGAGAAUCGGUCCGUGCAGUGA